AAUUAGUAGUGCCAGAAAGAAAAUGGCAUUUAACUGAAACGAGAAGUCAAAGUGCUCAAGCAAGCAAGUCUAUGAUGGAUAUCAUGGAUACUCAACGUGCCUUGGAGGCUGUGGAGCGACUUCAAGCCAAACUGAAAGAGCGAGGGGAGGCCCCUGCUCAGGAGAAACUCAGCCUGCUGAAGACUGUUCUACGGAGCCCCCUGUUCCUUCAUAUACUAAGCUUACAGAAGGCUCAGCGGAAGCCCCCAGCCAAGGCCAAGGGUCUUUCCAAAUCAGUGUCUAUGAACUGUGGCAAGUGCCAGGGUGUGGCAAUGGACGCCAAGACGCUCAGCCACAGUGACUCCUACACUUGGGCCAUGGAGAACCAAAGACCCAGCAGGUCGUUCCAUAGGGAAGGAAGUGUUUCCUCUCUGGACUCACAGGAUUUGUCCUUUUCAGACAUCUACCCAGACAACUGCAUUCACACUGAAUCACAGUACUGCACACCCCCUCGGAUAUCCCGAACUAUGUCCAUGGGGAGGAAUCUGUCAGCAAUUGCCCAUGAGAGGCGUCACCUGGAGAUCAUAGAACUAACUAAUGAUGGGAAAGGGCUCGGCUUUGGCAUCAUAGGAGGACGGAGCACAGGAGUCAUGAUCAAGACAAUACUGCCCGGUGGAGCAGCUGGACAGGAUAAACGUCUGCGCAGUGGGGAUCAAAUCUUGCGCAUUGGAGAUACUGAUCUGGCUGGCAUGAACAGUGAGCAGGUGGCGCAGGUGCUUAGAAAUGCUGGUAGCAAGGUAAAACUACUCAUCGCCAGGGAUAUCAACAAGGACAACCUUUUCUCUCCUGUCCUCAGCCAGGAGUCCUUGGAUGGCGAGUUCUAUGACUUGAAUGAUGACUAUGAGUUCAGUGUGCAGUUCACUAAAAACAGCCGGGGAUUGGGAUUCACCAUCUCCAGUUAUAUUGGCGACCUAAACUCAAUAUACAGUGCUGGUGUGACGGUGAAAACUAUUUUAAAGGGUAGCAGUGUUGACCAGGAUGGACACAUUCACAUCGGAGAUAUCAUCUUGUCUGUGGAUGGCGUGAGCCUGCAGGGCUGCAGUGAGCAGCGUGCAAUGGAGGUACUGAGGAGGACAGGUCCUGUAGUCAGACUGAGGCUGCUGAGGAAAGCUGUCCGUCUGAGUCACAUCUUGCCCCCGGUGCCUCCACUGCAGCCCCUUCGACACUCCCACAGCUUUCACGAGGGCUAUCCUUACAGAGUUGGCCUAAACAAGAUUCAUGAGACAGGAAUAUGCUCACUGCGUGAAAUCUCCCGGCGGGCUGCAUACGCCAACAGACGGCCCCGACAUGAUUCAAGAAAUGGAGUGCAACUGACACCGGCAGAGGAAGAAGACCUAAGGAUGAGGUGGCAACGUGCUGUUGGACCACGAUACGAAGUCAUAGUUUGCCAGCUGGAGCGUUUCAGUGAGACGAGUGGCCUGGGCAUCAGUCUGGAGGCUCGGGCUGGACAUCAUUACUUGUGCUCCGUUUUACCUGAAGGCCCAAUUGGCCAAAGUGGCAAGAUUUUUACUGGGGACCAGAUACUGGAGGUGAAUGGCAUCCCACUAAUUGGAGAGACACACAAAGAGGUUGUCAACAUCCUCAAGGAGCUGCCCAUGUGUGUUUACCUGGUGUGUUCCCGCAUUGUACCCCCUGCCAUUCCUGACAGUGAUGAGGACGAAGAGGAGGAUGGCCAACUCACCCUGAAAGAACUACUGGCUGAGUUCAAUGACAAGUUGGAUCAGGGCUGCGUUAUUCCCUGUCCUACAGCCGAGGACAUCACAAAGCGUGGCGUGCCCCCUAUGUCUCCUCCACUGGCCAUGUGGGAGAGAGAGGCACAGGUGGUAGAGCUGGAGAAAGGCGAGUCGGGAUUGGGCUUCAGCAUCCUGGACUAUCAAGAUCCGGAGGAUGCCACUAAAACAGUGCUGGUAAUUCGCUCUUUGGUACCGGGCGGCGUGGCUGACCGAGAUGGCCGCCUUCUCCCGGGAGAUCGCCUCAUGUUUGUCAAUGAGACUGAUUUGGAAGGCUCCAGUCUGGAUUAUGCUGUGCAUGUGCUGAAGUCCACUGGCUAUGGCCCUGUGCACAUUGGUGUUGCCAAACCACUGCCCUUGGAACUCUGCGGUGGCUUGACGCCCAUCUUGGAGAGGAGCACACGGGGUUCCUGCGAUGACAGCGAUAGCCACACUCAGGUCAGCCUGCUAGCUGAUGCAGCUGAGGCCAACGCUUGCAACGUGGUGGAUAACAACAUCCACAACUCGGAAAUCCAGCCACAUCUGCGUUUUGGCAUCAUGGAAGACAACAACAUGGAACCCGCCCCUCCUCUUCCCCCACGCACCAGCUUUGAGAAAACAAUCACAGUUGUCCGGGGCAACCGUAGCCUUGGGAUGUCCGUGAGUGCUAUCAAGGACGGCUCAGGCAUACUGGUGCGCAGUGUGGCCCCUGAGGGUUCUGUCAGUCAAGAUGGCAGACUCAGUGUGGGUGAUGCAAUCUUGGCAAUCAACGGCGAAUGUACAUCCAACCUGACCAAUGCUAUGGCCCGCUCGAUGCUGCGUCGACACUCUGUCCUUGGGCCAGAGCUCAGUAUAAAUUAUGUGCCAGCAAAUCAGGUGGAUGAGCACCGAACCCGACUGUGUUUGCCCCCGUUGGCAUCCAUCCUUGAAGACCCACCCUCCGCCCCCACGCCACCUACCCUGUCUUCAGAUCAUUUGUUGGCCAGAUACUCUUCCCACUGUAAGGCUCCGUGUCCAGAUCUGGCCCCAGGCAAAACAUCCUUCCCAUUAGAAGACACAGCCAUAGUCUCUAGUGCGAGUCCUGCUCCAGACCCGAGUCGUCAGAUUCUAAAAAUUGACAAAAAUGGGGAGGAAGAACCAAAAGAUGGAGAGGAAAAGAAGGAGAAUGGAGUUGAAAGUAAAAUGCUGAUAAAGUUGGAUGAGAAUCAAGAGGCAGAAGAUCAAUAUUCUCGCACACCGGUUUCUUGGGAUCAACCUAGAAGUGUGCAGCUUACUCGAGCUCCAGGCCAGUCCCUGGGUAUUAGCAUUAUGGGAGGCAAAGGAAUGGGCCAAAGACUAAGUGGUGGAGAGAUGAUGAGGGGCAUCUUCAUCAAGCACAUAAGCUCUGAAAGCCCGGCAGCACAUAACAGCACUAUCCAAGUCGGGGACAGAAUUUUGGAGGUUUGUGGUGUGGACCUGAGUGAUGCCAGCCAUGAGCAGGCGGUGGAGGCUAUCCGCAGGGCAGGAGACUGUGUGGACCUGCUGGUUCAGUCCAGGCAGCAGCGAGCACAGUCUCCUAUGCUGCCCAACCACGAAAGACCGACUCCAAUCUUGCCAUGCAACUCACACAGCAACCAGGAAUUGCAACACCUUCCCGGUCUGUUCCUUAGUAUCUCCCCUACAAACCCAUUCACUCCUACUCCAUUUAAGGUACCUCAACAAGCUUCCAGUAGAGCAGGUCAGCGAAGCCCCGUGACUGCCAAGGCACCAAAGACUGCAGCCACUGAAGAUCAGGAAAACAUUGGCAGAAAAAAGAUGCUUCAGCGUUAUGGCAGCCUGUCAGGAAAGCUCCAUAUGAUUGAGUUGGAAAAGCGCACAGCAGAACAUGGUUUGGGAAUCCGUCUUGCAGGCAAUAAGGAUGGUUCCAGGGCACGAAUGAGUGUCUAUGUGGCGGCUAUAGAUCCUCAAGGACCUGCUGGCUUAGACGGGCGUAUACGAGUGGGGGAUGAACUACUGGAGAUCAAUGGUCAGAUAUUGUAUGGACGCAGUCACCAGAAUGCCUCCACCAUCAUUGACAAUGCUCCUUCUAAAGUCAAGAUCAUUCUCAUCAGAAAUAAAUCAGCGGAUGAAUUGUCCCUUAGCUGCUCUUCAAUGGAGAGAGGCGACACUCGAAGCAGCAAGACGGACUCUGGAGUUUAUAAAGAAAUUGCCAUUGAAGAAAAGAAUGUCAUUCCUUCACAACUGUGUUUGCAGGACAGCAGGGGCAAGAUUGGGGACGGUUUCAAAGCAGUAAAUGGCGAGCCUAGGGCCCAACUAAGUGUGGAGAAGGCUGCUGUCAAAAUUAGCUGCCCUGAGGCUACCUCAUCUACUUCAUCUCGUUUGACAAAGCCUCAUCAUGCUGCAUCGCCCCAUGUGGACUUCGCCACCUCUAUAGCCCUCGGUGCAAAGCAGACCACUCCCAAGGAGUAUUCUGAUUGGCGGGCAUCCACUUCAGGAUCUGACCCUUUAAAAUCUCCUGUUGUGGCUGGCAAAGAAACCACCAUAGAGAUUUUAAAAGGAAACGUAGGCCUUGGUCUCAGCAUUGUUGGAGGGUGUGACACCCUGCUGGGGUCAGUAAUAAUUCAUGAGGUGAAUGAUGGAGGAGCAGCGCAGAGAGAUGGCAGACUGCAGGCUGGAGACCAGAUAUUUGAGGUCAACGGUAUCGACCUGAGGCAGGCCACUCACGAUGAGGCCAUUAGCGUGCUGAGACUCACCACCCAACGUGUUCAGCUGCGUGUCUUCAGGCAUCAGGUGGCCUACAGGGAGGAGGACCUGUGGGAUGUUUUCAGUCUUGUCCUGAGGCCCCAUCCAGUCAAAGGCCUGGGGUUUACCACAGUAGGUAAAAGUAAUGACACCGGCAUCUUUGUGUCAGAUAUCAUCAAAGGAGGCGUAGCGGAUUCGGAUGGCAGGUUGUUGCUAGGUGAUCAGAUUCUGUCAAUCAACGGGGAGGACGUCCGCGCAGAAUCGCAAGACCUUGCAGAGAGGCUUCUGCAGAACUGCAGCGGUGUGUUCCACUUGGAGGUGGCUCGAUUUAAAGCAGGUCUGCAUUACCCAGAACAGAACCAGGAAUACUUUAAGUUGUGUUUUAUCCAGAACGAAGACUCAAACUGUUCCACCCUGACGCCUUCAAACGGAUCCAAUGCUUCUGUCGGCCAACAGAGGGUGACAGAGCACAGAGGAGGGAGCCACACAUUUGAAGACCCCCCUAACCACAGAAAGGUUGUAAUUAAAAAGGGUACACGUGACUCUCUAGGCAUCACUUUAGCAGGAGGAGUGGGCAGUCCCCAUGGCAACGUACCUCUUUUUAUUGCAGCCAUGGAUACCAGUGGAUCAGCUGCCAAAACACAGCAAUUAAAGCCAGGAGACAGGAUUCUCAGUAUAAAUGACGUAUCCAUGGAGGGAAUGAAUCACAUUCAGGCUGGAGCCUUACUUAAAAAUGCCAUUGGCGCUGUCACCCUACAGGUAGAAGCUGGACGUAGCACUCAUGAGCGACUAUCAGACCAGAAUAGUGGUCCGCCUUGCUUUCACAAUAGCCUCUGCACUCGCACGUACAAGACUGUUAGUCUGGAUAGAAGCUCUUCAGGUCUGGGCUUCAGCAUUGUGGGAGGCUUUGGAAGCCCACAUGGAGACUUGCCUAUUUACAUCAAAACUAUCUUUAACAAGGGAGCGGCCAUUGAGGACGGGACGUUGAAACGAGGAGAUCAGAUAAUCGCAGUGAACGGACACUGUCUGGAGGGUGUGACACAUGCUGAAGCUGUGGACCUCCUCAAGAAGACCAAGGGAACUGUGGUUCUCACGGUUCUCUCAUGAGAUUUACUUAUCAUUUUAGAAAAGGUACCCAUAAUUCAUGUAGAUGAGCCCCAGUCACAGAGAAUCAUAUGACAUGUUCUAUUUUUAUGAAAAGAGAACUUCUUGGUAUUUUUAAAUGUGCUCCAUCCUCACCGUAUAAGCUCAUAAUUUGAUUUUUUGGGUGAAAUAUGUAAUUGCAUUUCACUAUGAAAACAAUGCCCAAAUGAUCUUUUAUUGAAGAGUCCUAUUAAGUUUUAGAUGGCUUAGAAUAUAGCAUAUCCAAGCUAACUAAUGUGAUUUCAUGCCAAGUGCUUUUGCCAAUAUUUUGUAUGGCAUCAAGAAGGAAGGGUAGUUGUGUGAUAGGAAUAAAUACGUAAUGUACCGUUUUAUGACAAUGAAUGGCUCCUCUGCAACACUAAAACCUCCGAUGUUACUAAAAUGGGAUGUGAAUUGUGUUAUACAGCUAAUUAUGUUUUUUCCUGGUUUACAGUGUAAUAUGCGUUAUUUUAAAACCAGGCCCAUGUUGACGGAUUGUUUUCUUUUUAUGGAACUUGAUUUAUUUUCCUAUUUUAUGUAACUUAUGGUCAUUUUUUAAUGUAAUACACACAGUAUUUGGUGUUCUACAACAACAAAGUAUGCUGUUAGUGUUUUUAUUAAAUGGUCAUUUGUUAGUGAAUUAUGAUUUCUUGACAACUUUUGGGUUGAGUUUAACUCAUCUGCUGACACUUACGCCAAAAGACAUCCUACACACCACAAAAUUAGCAUGCAACACUGACAUCAAAACGUUUUAAGCUUAAAGGUCAAAUAUUCAAAAAGCAUUUUAAUGUUUAGAUAUUCUCCAAACGAGGUGGGUGUUAUAACCAUUUAUUGGCCUUUCAUUUAAAGUGCCUAUGAAAUCAAAAAGCUUGAUUAUUUCAUAUUUCACACAGUAUUUUAUGCUCCUGAAUGAAAUGGACUGCUUGGAUGUGUCUGUGGAACCGAUUGUUUUAUUUAUUCA